GGGGUUGAGGCUGCCGAGCUUGCCUGCUGCCUUGCACAUUCAUAGCUAUCGCCAAGACGUCGCCCGUCUCCGAACGUACGCCCGACACUCUUGGCGUCUCCGCCCACUCGUCAUCCUUCGCCGCGAUGCCACGUCCUCACCUCCCUGCACAUCUGUCCUUUCAAAGGACGAAGAGUAGUCAGAGCAGCCUGCGGCAUGACAACGGCACACCCCAGCCAAGCUCCGUGGCCACCACUCCUGCCACCAACGGCCGAAGCGCCAGCCCAGCAAGAGGCUACUUUCCUCCUCCCCCCGGCAUGCAGCGAGCAGGCAGCGAUCCAACCCAGCCAGACCACAAAGGCGUGGGCUUGGUGUUGAGGGUGCAAGUGCUAAAGGCACGCCAGCUUGCUCCCAAGGACAAAUCCGGCACAUCCGAUCCCUACCUCGUUCUCACCCUCGGAGAGUCAAAAGAGGCCACAAGCACAGUCUACAAAUCCCUCGACCCGGAAUGGAAUCAGACCUUCGAGUUUCCCAUCCAGGCCGGAGAUGCCGCUUUGCUGGAGGUCAUUUGCUGGGACAAAGAUCGCUUCCGAAAGGAGUACAUGGGCGAGCUGGACGUUAUUCUCGAAGAUGUCUUCCACGCCGGCACCAUCGCCCCGGAACCGCAAUGGUAUGCUUUGGAAAGCAGGCGCACGGGCAGAAAGAGGAAGAAGAAGGACGGAAACGUGUCCGGCGAGAUUCAGCUAAAGUUCGCUUUGCGUGAUCCUGCCAACCCUACAGCUAGUGCCCAACAGGUCUUGCGCAAGUUCCAUGGCGUCGUUGCAGCCCCUGCUGGCGACGAUGAGGAGAGCAGUGCUCACGAUCGGGACAUGUCUGGAGAGGAAGAGGAUGACGACGACGAUGACGACGACAAGCUUCGUUCUGCCGACGAAGAAGAAGCCUUGAAAACGCCUGGAGGAACCGCGGAAGAUGCAAAGGCCGCACGGCGGCGGCAGAAGAAACUGGCCAAGCUCCGCAGGCAGAAGAGGCUGAAAGCCUACGAAUUUAGCGGCGCAUCGUCCGUCGCCGGCGUGUUGUUCUUGGAAAUCUCUCGUAUAACUGACCUGCCGCCCGAGAAGAACAGCACUCGUACCACAUUCGACAUGGACCCCUUUGUCGUCACCUCCCUGGGCAAAAAGACGUACCGAACGCGAGUGAUCAACCACAACCUCAAUCCGGUGUUUGACGAGAAGUUGGUGUUCCAGGUAGCCAAGCACGAAGUCAACUACAGCCUGAGUUUCACCGUCAUCGACCGCGACAAAUUCUCAGGCAAUGACUUUGUCGGCACCACCACCUUCCCUUUGUCUCAGUUUGAAGCCGCCGCGCCUGAAGCCGAUCCAGAGACUGGCUUGUAUCUUCUCCCCGAUCCUGAAACUUUGACGGAGCGGGAAGCGGAGAGACAGAUACAGACGAAGAAGAAGCGUUGGCCGUUGAGUAGGGCCGCCAGCUCAAAUAACCUCAGCCGGAUGAACUCGAGCCAUAACAUUCACAAACUGAACAAGACUGCCAGUAACAAUUCACUCCGCGACGGUCAAUUAACCCCUGCCACUCCGUCACUUCGCCCUGGUUUGAAAAGGCAAAAUACCGACGGAGAGUACGACUAUCUUACGGCAGGAAACAUGGAGAAACGACCUAUUCCAACGAGUGCUCCGAGCACUUCGUCCGUCUUGCCAAAUUCCGACUCGGGCGGAGCGCCGAAUCACGCGGCUUUUGCCGAUGAUCCCGACUUGGUGUCGUAUGAAUUGCCCCUCGAGCUGAAGAACAAGCAGCGUUGGCACGACAAACACCACCCCGUCCUCUACAUCCGAGCCAAGUACUUGCCAUAUCGCGCAUUGAGGCAGCAAUUCUGGCGAGUCAUGCUCAAACAAUACGACACCGAGGAGAGUGGGAAGGUGGAAAAGGUCGAGCUUGUGACCAUGUUGGAUACACUUGGCUCGACACUCCAUAAUAGCACCAUCGAUGGCUUCUUCAGUCGCUGGGAGGAGACCAACCGCAUGAAUGGCGUGGCGCGGAAAGAUGGGCAUAGAGUCUUGACCAUGGACCAGGCAGUGAUUUGCUUGGAGGAGCAGCUGAUGAAAAGCCGAGAGGUGCAUUCGCUGCUGCAUCGCCCUCACUGGGAGCGGGACUUAUCUACGAGGAGCAAUCUGAGUGUGCCGGCUGCCAUGCAUACCUCGAGUAGCUCGCCUGAUGAGAGCCCCGGCGGCACCACACCGCAACUGCGCGGGGUAGAUUCGUCGCGGGAUCCGAGCCAAGUGAUUCGAACCCCAUCCGGCACGACCCUUCAACUGGACCCCGCCGGACCCUUCUUCGAGAUCAACGAUCUCAGCGGCGAGCCCGUUGAUAUGGACACAUUGAGUGGCACCACAACUCCGGGCGUGUCUUUGAUGUCAUCCAGCAUCACGCGGACCGACUCGUGGGAAUCCGAGGCCGAGUUGCAUGAUGAAGAGAGCAGAGAAGAGCACGUGGUCGAGAUUCAAGAAUGCCCAAUCUGUCAUAUGCCUCGAUUGACUAGGGGAGGGAGGCAGAGGGUGGCAACGGAUGCCGAUAUCAUCACGCACAUCGCAACGUGUGCGAGUAGCGACUGGCGGGCCGUGAACAAUCUCGUCAUGGCAGGGUUCGUGACCAGCAGCCAGGCUCAACGGAAAUGGUAUUCCAAGGUCGUCACGAAGAUCGGCUAUGGCGGGUACAAGCUUGGAGCGAACAGUGCAAACAUUCUUGUCCAAGACCGAGUCACUGGAAUGAUUAACGAGGAGCGCAUGUCUGUCUACGUCCGGCUUGGAAUUCGACUUCUUUACAAAGGCCUCAAGAGCCGCGAGAUGGAGAAGAAGCGAAGUAAGACUCUCAACGAUGUGUCCAGUGCUAUUGCAUGGGUCAGCCGACUUUCAACCUCGGCCGCGCACAGCGUGACCUCAGUUAGAAAGUUGCUGCGCUCCAUGUCCUUUAAACAGGGCAAGAAGUAUGACGACCCGGCUUCGGCGUCGCAGAUCACCGGCUUCAUCAAUUUCCAUCAGCUGGACAUGAGUGAGGUCUUACUCCCUCGCGAAGAGUUCAAAACAUUCAACGAGUUCUUUUACCGCAAGCUGAAGCCCGACGCGCGCCCGUGUUCCGCUCCCGACAACCCGCACAUCAUCGUCUCCCCGGCCGAUUGCAGAAGUGUCGUGUUCAACCGCCUCGAGGAUGCGCAGAGGAUCUGGGUCAAGGGACGCGAGUUUAGCAUAGAUAGACUCCUCGGCGAUGCCUACCCGAACGAUGCGAAACGAUACACGAACGGCGCGUUGGGCAUUAUGCGCUUGGCCCCGCAGGACUACCAUCGAUUUCAUAUCCCCGUGGAUGGCACGAUGGGUGAGCCCCGCGCAAUCGAGGGCGAGUACUACACGGUUAACCCCAUGGCGAUCCGAUCCACGCUCGAUGUGUACGGAGAUAAUGUCCGUGUCUGCGUGCCGAUUGACUCGGUGGCGCACGGGCGGGUGAUGGUAGUUUGUGUGGGCGCAAUGAUGGUUGGAAGCACAAUCAUCACCCGCAAGGCGGGAGAACAGGUGAAGCGGGCGGAAGAGUUGGGCUAUUUCAAGUUCGGCGGCUCCACUCUCCUGCUGCUGUUCGAGCCUGGGGCCAUGAAGUUCGACGAUGACCUCAUUGCCAACAGCAGCGGUGCUCUUGAGACUCUGGUGAGUACAAGUGGUAGGAAAUGACAAGGCAAAGACUGAUGGCAAUCGCAGAUCCGCGUCGGCAUGUCCAUCGGACAUACACCCGGACACGAGCCGCACCGACCCGACAUGCCGAAAGAGAAUCCGACGGCGGAGGAGAAGCUGGAUGCGAAACGGCGAAUCGAAGGCUCGCAGGGACCCAGCAAUGGCCUGAAGGACAUUCCGAGAGGGCCUUUGUGAGGGUGU